AUGCCUUUCACAGACCACAGCAGUGGUAUCUGGAACAACACCCCUACUCGAGGUACGGCAAUGCCAUAUAUCUCUCCUGGCCGAGAAACACAUGCUUACACCGGAACUUCAGAAAACGGCGACCGACCAAAUGGUUCCUUCAAUCGCAACCCACCGAGCAGUGCCGCGUGGCCUACUGGUUCUCGAUCACCCAGCUCAUCUCCGAAUCGAACAAGAGCUGGAGGCGAAAACAACCAAAUGGAUGCGAUAAACAGUGCAUUUCGUCAGCCGCGAACAAACGACGUUUCGGAUCUCUUCCCUCUUGCGUACGGUCUUGCUCGUGGAAACGCCGAGCACCUUGCAAAUUCGAUGAACAAUCUCAACCUUACACAAGCUACACCCUCUCGAUCGUCGCCGCCCUUUGCCCACACCCCAAGCAAUUCUGCGCACUCUCAGCGGAUGAGCAACUACUCAAUGCCAUACCAGAGUCAGAACCAGAACCAAAUUGCGAACCACCAGGCUACUAACCAGAAUGCCUUCACUUCCAACAACAACAGCAUAGGUCUGGACGAACGGACACGACCAACGAGCCAGUAUUUCCCCCCUGGCACCAAUGAGUUCCAGUUCAACCCCACUUCUCGAACUUGGAAUGAUCACAAUGCCAGGAAUCAUGCCAGCAGUAACAGCAUCGAUUUGGCAAAUGCAGGCCGUGCUAGCCAUGCCUAUUCUUCUUCAUCGAACCGCUUCACCCCAAGCCGUCCGGAGCAAGGCGUUAACUACGCCCCCUUCACACCCGGCUCAAGUGCAUGGGCUUCUGCGGAUUCUAGCUUUCGGCCGCACGGAAGUGACCGCCGUGCACUCAACCUGCCCCAGGCUCUCCCACAACACUUCUCAAUUUCGCCUUAUGACAUACAGCAACAAAUGGCCCAGUAUACCAGUCAGCUCGCUGCAUUUAAUAAUGCUGAGUUGUAUAACACCCGCGGGCCCGCCACACUCCCACAUCCUUCUCAGCCGGGCGGCUAUGAGCAUACAGCGCCGAACGUUCACCGAACCCAGACCUCAAACAAGUCACCAUGGCUGACAACCUUCUGCGAGUCUCUGAAAAACCACGAAAGGAAACAAAGCCUCGGCAUAAGCGCCGUAUUCGGCCAUGUUGUCGAGGCCAGUGGAGAGCAAGACGCGUCAAGGUUCAUCCAGAACAAACUGUCAACUGCAAGGAGCGACGAGAAGGACGUAAUCUUUGACGAGAUUGGUCCGAACAUGGUUCCUUUAAUGAUGGAUGUGUACGGAAACUAUGUCAUCCAAAAGUUGAUUGAGCAUGGUAGCCAGGCCCAGAAAGCGCGUGUGGUCGAGGCAGCGAAGACACAUGUGCUUACACUGUCCAGAAAUACCUUCGGCUGCCGUGUGGUGCAGAAGAUUGUGGAAGGCUGCCUCGUCGACCAGGUUGCUGAACUUCUCAAAGAGAUCAGGAACCCCGCACAGCUCAAAGAGCUCAUGCAAGACACACAAGGAAACCACGUUAUCCAAAAGACUGUCGCAACCAUGCCCCCUGACACGUUCAAGUUCAUUACCGAAUUUUGCCAGAACAACGCGAGAGAGCUUUCAAUGGAUAUGCACAGUUGCCGGGUUGUGCAGCGAGUGCUCGAGAGGGCGGAGGAGACAGACAAGAGAAUACUUCUGAAACAGCUCCACCAAUUCAUGGACAAACUCAUUACCGAUCCUUGGGGAAACUACGUCGCUGGACACAUCAUCGAACACAGAGGCCCUGAGGAUCGGGACCCCAUCUUCGAACUGAUCAUGAAGAAGCUCUCAGAAUUCUGCAGGAACAAGCUUGCAUCCCAUGUGGUUGAGAAAUGCAUCGAAUUUGGUUCGCCUGCACAACGUACUCGGAUCAUUCAACAAAUUUGUUCAAGUGAUACACAGGACACGCUGUAUCUUACGCUAAAGGACCCGUACGGAAAUUACGUGAUUGCGAGUAUGCUCAAGCACCUCGAGUGGGGAACUGAAGAGCGAAAGCAGUUCAAAGCAGACGUCGUUCGUGAAUACCACAGAACCAAGACGUCAGGCUCGAACACGAGAUGCUUAAAGUCAAUCGACGACGUUUUCAAGGAUGACACGGAGAGAGAAGAGAGAGAAGAGAACGAGAGGGUUGUCACUACCAGGAACGGCCUCCAGGUCGAAGUCGACUCAGCCGGACCAACUCCGAUGUUGACCAACGAAACCAACAGUCCUCAGAGCGACAGUCUUCCAAGCGCCAACACUAGCGCCAUCGAGGUUCCAUCUGCCAACACAAAGGGCACCGAGGAAACCCUGCGAGUCCAUGAUGAUGAGGACUAG